UCUAUUUUUCUUGCUCCCUCUCAACACCCGCCUUCAUCACUUUGCCGAAACGUCGAUACCACACGUUCGAGUCUUGAAGGUUGCCCAUCAUGUCUUACAACAAGCCCGAGAAGGACCUUGGCGAUGGCCCCAAGAGCCACAAGAUCCGCAUCACCCUCUCCUCUCGCAAGGUCCAGGUCCUCGAGAAGGUCUGCACUGAGAUCAUCGAGCGCGCCAAGAACAAGGACCUCCGCGCCAAGGGCCCCGUCCGCCUGCCCACCAAGACCCUCAAGAUCACCACCCGCAAGACCCCUUGCGGUGAGGGUUCCAAGACCUGGGAUUGCUUCGAGAUGCGCAUCCACAAGCGCCUGAUCGACCUUAACGCCCCCACUGAGGUCGUCAAGCAGAUCAUUGUCAACAUCGACGCCGGUGUCGAGGUUGAGGUCACCAUUGCUGCUUAAGGGAUUGGUCUUCGUGCAUAGCGUGACCGGGAAUGAUACUCCUGUUUGGUCAGGCUGCGAAGUACCCGGUUCAGGUAGACAAAAAAAAAAAAAAAAGAAA